GGGCAGUCUCGCCGCAGCCGGACGAGAUGCGCGGUCGCAGACUGCAAAUACCAACUGGCAGAGUUGCAUACCUUGAGGAACAUAUUGAUAAAUCUUCUCAUUGCUCUAUCUUACCUUUCUUGGCUUACCUGGCGACUUUGUAAAUAUCCCCCGGGUCACAUCACCAUGUCCAACGAAGCGAUGCGUCCCAGGGGCAGACCUGCCCAUACCCCGGGAACCACGGUACUCACAUAUACACCAGAUGGUCGUCGGGUAAUCACUGGUGGUUCUAAUUCUGCAAUCCGCAUUUACACCGUGGGACAAGAUGGCGAGCCGAAGACGAUUGACGAAGGUGUCGACGGCCAUUUGGGCAUCGGUGCUACUAAUGACUACUUCAUCAUGGGUGCGGAAGACGGUACGGUCUGGCAAUAUGAGAUUCUGUCAGGCAGGAUGCUGAAGCUAUUGGUGCGCUGUAUGCUUCCCGUACGAGAUAUUGCAAUCUCAAAAGAUGGCGAGUGGGCAGCUGUAGCGAGCGAUGAGCUCACCGUGAAAAUCGUCAAUAUUGAGGACAUGACUAGAGUCAAAUAUCUACGGGAACAACCUAAAGGCGUCAAGCACGUCACUUUCGAUCCGAGCGGCCGCUAUGUUACAGUCUCUUGCACGGAUGGUAUCCUUUACGUGUACUCGACACUUUCGGACGAGCCCGAACUAGUGCAGAAGCUGGACGGAGUGAUCAGGCGACUCGAACCGGAGGCCGAAGCAACAUCGCGGAUUGUUUGGCAUCCGGAUGGAACAGCAUUUGCAUCUGCUGAAGCGACCCGAGAUGUUGCCAUCUUUUCUACGGCCGAGUGGAAAAAGGAGAAGCUGUUUGCUGGGGGUCAUAACGGACAGAUCACGGCACUCGCUUGGUCGCCAAAUGGAGCGCUACUUGUGACUGCUGGCGCGGAUGGUCAAAUUGUGCUCUGGGAAACAAAGACGCAGAAGAUUCUACAGCGCUACGAUUUUGCGAAUGUGAUCAACCUCGCGUGGCACCCAACCAAGAAUUCUGUCUCAUUCACGACUUCUGACGGGGAGCUGUUUAUCUACGAUGAUUUUGUUUCCAAAGACCAUCAACCGCUGCUUGAAAAGCCUCUCCAAGCCGCUCCUAUCUUUUCAGGGCCCUUGACAGAGAUCUCCGACAAUGUGAGGCGGCCACUGGCAAAUCGCCCGAAAGAGACAGUUGAACGAAGGCAAAGAGCCGGUAGCCUUGAUUCUCUCGAUGAUAUUCUCAACGGCGAUAUAGGCAUGGAUGACUUUGUGGAGGACGACGACGGAGCUGGCUAUGCCGAAGAUCUUAGAGGGCUUGGCAAGCGUGCAGGCUCACACAUGGAUGAGAUUGAUGGCCAUGCAGACAAGCGAGUCUUGACAGCUUUUGCGAAGCCAAAGAUUCACCCUUCUCUCCAAUCAGGAAGCACACCUUGGCGCGGCAACAGACGUUAUCUUUGCCUGAACCUAACUGGUUGCGUCUGGACUGUCGACCAGGAAACCCAUAACACCAUUACAGUGGAAUUCUAUGAUCGCGAACUUCACCGGGAUUUCCACUUCACGGAUCCAUAUCUUUACGAUCGGGCCUGUCUCAAUGACAAUGGAACUUUGUUCUCCAACAAUCCUACGGACGGCAGUCCAGCAACGAUUUUUUAUCGUCCUCAUGAGACAUGGACGACUAGGGCAGACUGGCGGACUCAGCUUCCGAGGGGGGAAUUUAUUAGAGCGCUGGCGCUUAGUGAAUCCUACAUCGUUGCUGUAACGACCAAAGACUACGUCCGUGUCUACACUUUGUUCGGCACCCCCUUUAAAGUGUACCGGCAGAAGAGCCCUGCCGUUACAUGUGCCGCAUGGAGAGACUAUAUCAUGACUGUGGGCAAUGGUCCCUUGGGCAGCGAUGGCAGAACGGCAACACUGCGAUACUCGGUAGAAAACGUCAAGAGGGAUGAAAUCUGCCAAAACGAGGAUGUUGUCGCCCUGCCCGAAGGUGCCGAAUUGCGAAGCGUCUUCUUCUCUGAUAAUGGGGACCCAUGCAUCUAUGACUCCGAAGGCGUCUUGCUUGUGCUUCAACAUUGGCGCAACAACGGCCAGGCUCGGUGGGUACCAUUACUGGACACAAAGCAGCUAGAGCGAUUGGCCAGCGGACGGAAGGAAGAGACAUACUGGCCCGUUGCUGUGGCUCAGGACAAGUUUCACUGCAUCAUUCUCAAAGGAGGGGAUAAGUACCCGUACUUCCCUCGGCCUCUGCUCAGCGAAUUCGACUUCCGAAUUCCAAUUUCCGACUCCCCGGGCAAGGGGGCCGAAGACGACGAGGACGGUAGCUCGAUCCGACAUGAUGGAGCUCGCUUUGAGGAAGCCUUUGUUCGGGGAAACAUCUUGCUGUCACUCUUUGAAGAUCUUGUGUUUACCACCAACGCGACGGCUAGUCAGCGCGCCGAGCUGGCUCGGAAAGAAGUUGAGGUGGACAAGAUCCUCCUGCAACUUCUGGCGGUAGAGUGCCGAGAAGGUGAGGAGCGAGGUAUGAAGGCAUUGGAACUGGUACAAAUGAUGAGGGACCGCAACGGCAAGAUGGUGGAGGCAGCCGUCAAGGUGGCCGGACGGUAUGGCCGGGGCGUCCUGGAAGACAAGAUCCGAGAAGUGGCCGAGAAAAGAUAUCUUGGGGAGAAUGACGAUUAGAAUGAUGAGAGAAGCGAGAGGAUGGCUUGUUUUCACCAGGGUAUGACUGCAAUAUGAUCAUAACCAAUAGAUACCACCAAUGCACGUGAUCCCUUUUUGUUUUUUUAUUGCCUG